AUGUCUUGCUGUUCUGCCAUCAACAUGAUUCUCCUGCACCUCCUCUUUUGCUUGUCAGUCACUGCCAAUGCUAUCGGUCAAAUCACGAAAGCAUCCUCCUGUGCAGUUCAAGCAGACCCACGGCGUUCACAAGUCGGACUGCUGAUCCAGAGGCGUGAGAUCACCUCAUAUUGUGAUUCAAAGGGCUACGCCUUCUGCAUCGAGCCAGCAAUUUGCGUAUAUGGCAACGAUGGAGCAUACAGAUACGUUGGAUGUUGUACUGCCAUUGGUGCGGCUUGCUCUCCUCGUACAGAGUGCAUCGAUUACACAUCCGGCAUUGAGGCCCCUUGCGACUACAUCACUGGAGAAUGCGCUUACUGCUCUGAGUCUGCUCUGCCGUUCUGCCAGACCAAAUACCGAGACGGAAAACACGUGUUUGCCUGCGGUGUCCAGCGUUUGACCACCACAAUCACAAAAACCGACAUAAACAGUGCUGCUCUAUCCCUCUCUACGCAAUCAAUUUCUCCGGCAAGUGUGUCUGCUGCUCCCACAGCUGUUCCCGCCCAUGGUACUCCGUCGAUUGAGACGAGCUCUGCCAGUGGCCCUCAGAUCUUUCCAUCCACAUCAGCAGUAUCGUCUACUGCAUCACCUGCAUCGCUAUUUUCGUUGUCGACCUCAACGUCAACCAGCAAGAGUACAAAUGCCGCUGGCCCGGAGCCAACGCCAAGCAGUUCUAUGGCUAGCUCUCGCGGACUCAUCAUCGGUGUUGUGAUUGGAGCCGCAGCUGGUUCGAUACUUUUACUGGUGAUUCUCUUCAUUACCUGGAAAUACUGGAAGCGUCGCAGAUCUGGUGUGGGAAGGAAACCCAAGGAGAAGCCAAACAAGGCUGGUUACUCACUCGGCUCAGGAGAGGACACUACUGCGGAACACACCAACAGUCAACACGAUGUGGUCGAAGGCACAAGCAACUCACAGAGUCCAGCUGAGUUAGAAGAGCAGCCGCACAGGUCGAACGAGGACGUAUCCGGGACUGCGUCGAUUCGCAGCAACCACGGUAAUCAGCCUUAUUCACCAGAAGAUAUCCGCGGAGCAGCAGAGGCGCCUUCCAACAACUACACCUGGUCCUCUCCUAGAAUGAACCACAUGACAAGCCCGACUCCGUCCAACUCGUCGUUGUGGAUGACGUCGCCCAACAUGGGAACGCCUAGAGUACCGUCACAGUAUGUCGCAUACACGCCCUAUACUCCGUCUUCAGUCUAUUCUCCCAGCGGACAACCGCCGUCCAGCUUGCCUCAGCCGCGAGACAGAGUCGGCAAUGCAACGCAGGAGUCACCGUUAGUAGAACUGGAGGCAAACGAGAUUGGUAGAGCACAAUGA